AAAGUGCAUAAGAUUUGAACACCGGGAAGGCUUUUGUUGUCUCGUGAGGAGGAUGGCGAUAGAUGCAGUUGAAUCACCAUCUUCAUCUUCCUCUCCAUCUGCACUCCAUUUCAGGUUUUGUGACAGUCAACCACGGCACUACUAUGUCGCCGUCGACAGAAUUCAAUUCAAAAUGGAGACUUUGGUAGAUCUGUUGGGGGUGGCGGGCCGACGUUCAUCCUUACCUAUGGUGCUCUGUUGCAGCUCAAGAGAUGAACUUGACGCUGUCUGCUCAGCUGUCUCCAACCUCCCCUACAUUUCUUUGACUUCACUGUACAGUGAUCUUGCUGAAGCUGAGCGCAUUUCAGUAUUUGACAAAUUCUGUGAAGCAGUCAUGGAGUGGAACCAAAAUAUUGCUAAUCCCGAGGAAGACAUUGAAACUGGGAACCAAGAGAACAAGUCGCAUGUGGUAGUUGUGACGGAUGCGUGCCUGCCUCUUCUUGCUUCAGGGGAGUCACCAAUUUCUGCUCGUGUUUUGAUAAACUAUGAGCUGCCUACCAAAAAGGAAACAUAUUUGAGGCGCAUGACAACCUGUUUGGCAGCAGAUGGAAUUGUAAUUAACAUGGUUGUUGGGGGUGAAGUGGUGACCUUGAAAAGCAUUGAGGAAAGCAGUGGGAUUGUCAUAGCUGAGAUGCCCAUUCAUAUUUCUGAGAUAUUGUGAGGAUUUCUCCCCAAAAACAGGCAAAGAAGCCAUUUUACAUGGAUAUGUUUCUAAUAAGGCCAUUUUGGGAGUUAACCUGAUUUGAAGUCUGAUUAUCUGAUCUUGUGGUGCUUUUAUCACUGGGCGCUGAGACACGAGCAUGUUCUCUUUCCAAUGACAAAACUGUCCUGGUUAAAUUAAAUGCUCUACCAGUUUAGGUGCUACUCUUCUGAACUUUUACUUUUUCUAUAGUUGUGCAUAAUGUUAUACAGAUAAUCUUUAGUUGUAUGAUUGCAUUAUUCUUUUGUCUAACUUUUUUUUUGGUUAUUGUGCUAAACUACUACUACCACUGCAUAAUGACAACACCUUGGUGGCAUCCUUUAGUCUACAUUAACUAUUUUUGUAAUAAAUUUGUAUGUUUGAAUUAAAUCAAGGAUAAACGGUCCUUUCCGUUGUUCUAA